AUGUACAUGAACACGGCCAAUGGCAUCGUCGGCUACGGCAGCGGCGGCCAGGCCGUGGUCGGCGGCGGCGGCGGCGGCGGCGGCGGCGGCGGCCUAAGUAGCAGCCAAAGCGACGGCAACACCGAUCUCAACUCGUACCGCCCGAAACCGGUCUUCUUCUGGUCAAACGGCGAGGUGAUGAAGUGGAUGAAGCGACACUGCGAGGAGUACUACGAACUGUACGGCAAUGUCUUUCUGGAGAACGAGAUCACCGGGCGGUCGCUGAUUCGCAUCAACGAGUUCGCCCUCGAGCGGAUGGGCAUCGACAAUGCCGAACACAGGGACCAGAUUGCGCGCAUCAUACUGAAGCUGCGCCUGAAAAGUGACAUCAUCGAACUAAAGGACCUGGAGCGGAAGGCAGCUCCGAUUAGCUCAACCUCAACUACAACUUCUACUUCAGCAUCGACUUCAACCGGGACGACUACAGUCAAAGCGACAAACAGUAGCACGUCCAGUGGCACAUCGAUCACUCGUUCUGGAGGUUCUGGAGUUGGUGGUGGACAGACUUCUGCGCCAGGCAAGUCACAUCUGUUGUCUUCCUUUCAUCGUUAG